AUGGCCUCAUUUCUCUCAUAUAUCCCCGUUGUCAAUCUCUUCGUCGGCGGCAACGCGACGCAAUGGAUUGAUAUUCCGCCCGUUGAGACACACAAUGUGGAGACAGAUCCGGAGAAGCGGCCCAGGACGCUGAAGCACCUGUUGCGAGCAAACCACGUGAACCACUCCAUCAUCUACCAUGAUUUGCAGUAUGACAAUCACAUGCCGCACGUGCUGUCCUCGGCCUACUUACUAGGCGCCAACGACAAACAGCUGCACAAGAUUUACGAUGUAGCCGCCGGCGAGCUCGAGGCGUGGAAGCCGUCGCCGCAGGAGAUCACCAUGGUGGACUGGAGGGACUUUUUGGGCGAUCGACGCUAUCAGCGGGCGUACGUCGACUUUUUCGAGGAUGCGCUGGCCAUGCGGCACAAUUAUGAGUGGAAGCGGGUGGUGGAGGAGUUCAUGUUUGAGGGCGACGAGCCGCUGGUGAACGGCCUCAUUGGCGGUCUCGGCCACCCGCUCAUUCAUUUGGGCUAUGCGUUCGAAAUGGACAACCAAGUGGUGGCCAUGGAAGCGCUGGGCUUGGCGGCUACCGAAUACAACUUCUUGCACAAGUAUCUGGACGAUCCAGCCUAUACCAAGGCCUCUUCGUUCAAGUCCACAUCGCCGCUUGAGCUAUUCCACAGGAUAGCCAACGACAGCCGAUUCGACGGUAUUUUCAAGGAGCCAACGCUGGGUAACUUGGAUGUCUUGUUUGAAAAGCACGAGGAUCUCGUGCUCGAGUACUGGAAUGCGUGGUCACUGGAGGAUCCGGUCAAACAGUUCCAAGACUCGCAAGAGGCGGCGGUUGCCUUCUUGGUUGCCUCAGUGGCCCCGGGGACGCACUCGUAUAAUUUCUUCAUAUGCCAUGUACUCACGACGAGCCAUGCAGUGAGGAUACUCUUACCCAUCAUACCAAAGAAGUUCCACAUCAAUCUAGUACGGGAAUGGUGGCUGCUGGCAAUUGCAGUCUAUGUCUCCGAGUUGCGGCCAAAGAUUGAUCGCGACUGGGUGCCAGGAGACCUGGGUGGGAAAGGAUGGAGCCACGUCGUGGAUAGGGCACUCAAUGGACCACACUCUACCGAUGCCCAUUUCGUAAAAGCGGUGCGUGCGAUGAAGGAGGCAGCCAGAACUUGGGGCGACGUCCAUGAUAGGUAUCUUGCGUCGGCCGUGAGAUUUGUGGACGAUUUUCAGGGUUGGACAUUUUAA